UCUCGAUAGAUCAGGGAUCUGACACAAUAGACAAUAAAACAGUAAAUACCCCAAAGAGAUCACUGAGGGGAAUUAUUCACAACAGGAGCGAUAGACAGCAAGAAUACAUUCAAUUCCGACAGCACUAGGGUGAAGGUGGUUGUGGAUAGAAUUCCGAGUAAGGUUUUCAGUCAGCGUGGGAAGACAAGAGAUAGGUGGGAGGAAGUUUUCAGAUGGAGAGGAGAGCAGCGCGAUGUGAAUGCAACCGACUUUUAUGCUGGAGACAACUUUUCUCUUUUCAUUGACCUCGGAAGUAUGAGGGACAAUAAUUUUCAAGGUUCAGGAUUGAGAUUGGUGAAUACGAAGGAAGGAGCUGUACGUAAGAUCAUGGAUUCCCAUGAGUGGACGUCUGGACACCUUCUGGCUCAUGUUCAUCAGAAGUGGGCUCUUUUAGAAAUGGUGCAGCUUGAAUGCCUUGUCAACGGAGCAAACGGUAUCUUGGCAACCCUUUGCGCGGAAGGAUCUGCUCUUGGCCACGCAUGUUUUACAAUCACCCUGAUGGACCUCGUCCGAAUGGGCAACAAAAAGGUCCUGAAACGCUACAACUGUAACGAGCUGAGGGAUGCUGCUUAUAAUGUGACCAAGAUCACCACUUUCCACCCCAUCCCAAGCAAGUCAUCUAUGGCGAGAGGGCGCUGGACUUAGCAUUUGACUUUGGAAGUAUACCUGGUGGAACCAUGGGGGAAACCGACUUUGACCUGGCAAAGUUCUUUGGAGAAGAAGCUCCGGUGAGGAUUACACCAUUAGCCUCCGAAAGCAUGAUCCGAGACAGGCUG